UUCUCUCUCUUUCUCUCUCUUUCUCUCUCUCUUUCUCUCUCUCUCUCUAUCUAUCUGUCCUGGGGGCACGGCACAUACACGGGUGGCCGGCCGGGGGUGGCCGUGCUUUAAUCGCGGAAUAUAACGGCGGGUGUGCGCUCCUCGCUCUCGCGUGCGUGGGUGCGAGCGAGCGAGACGGAGCGAGGCGCGGCGCCGCGGCUGCGACGGAGACGGCGACAGCGUCUCGGCGAGCCGCGCGUGAGGAAAGGAAGACAGCCGUUAUCAGCCAGUAGAUCCAACCAGCCAGUCAGCCAAGCAGCCAGCCAAUACGGACGAUCUGUCAUCCGGCUAGUAGUGAAUCCAGCCAGCCAGCCAGCCAGCUAGGCCAAGUGUCGCAGCGCGUUUCGCUCUCGCGCUCGAGAGACCGAAGGAGAAAGAGAGGGCAGGGACGAGGCAAGAGAGCGAGGGAGACAGAGAGACACCUUGCGAGGGUGUACGCGCGAGAGCAGGCUGGGCGGACAGCGCGACCGGAGAGCAUCCGCGUUAUAAUGCGACGUGCACCCUUCUUCCUCACCUUAGUGGUUCCUUCGGAAUAAAGCCGCGUGCUUGCUGGGACGGUUCCUUACCUGCAGGGCUAUGACGUAAUGGCAAGAGAGGAGUUACGGACCAAGAGACCUUUUAAGAUAUGGGACAGCUGGCGUAACGUAAGAAAGGGAUUGGUCGUUAGCAAUUUCGAAGAGUUGAUUGUCCGGGGUAAGGAAAAGCUGGGCGUGCCACAAAAUGAGAAUGUCUCGUUAGUUUUGGAGUCAGACGGCACGCAGGUCGAGGACGGCGAAUACUUCAAGACAUUAGGCAACAACACGAUCCUGCUUCUGCUACGACAUGGUGAACGCUGGUGUCCCACUGGCGUCGACAUUAUACGCGCUGCAAUUUCGGCGAUCCCGAAAAUAGUCUGCGAGACGAUCCACGCGCUGGAGCUACACGAUGAGACGCCAUCGUGGAAAAUUAUGGACAAUAAAGGUCGAGUCACAGUGGUGCUGCAUUGGGACCAGCGCUCAACGGCGUCGUCGCAGGUGCAGCAGCAGCAAUCGAAGCCGGGUCAGGACGCCCAGGCCUCCAAGUACUCCCCGACUAAAAAAGCCGACCUGAGCGGUGCUCAGCGGCCGUCUCUGGUGAUCCAGACCAGCCUCGAUAAGCUUGGAUAUGACGGCAAGGGGGCGCACUUGCCGGGCGAGAUUGCUCCGACGCGGUACACCAGUCCGCGAAUCACUGUGAUAAAUCAUGAUGAUAUGCAGCAGCAGACAACGCAGCCUCAUGCUAUGCCGAGCCGCCUGGUGAAGCAGGGCACGAACUCAUUCGACAGUACGACCAUUCACAUUCACACGCCGGAGUGCUCCAAUCAUAUCCACCAGCCGGUCGCGCGGAACGGCAGCCCGGUGAACGGCGCGGACGGCGGUGCCGUUGGCGAGUGCGACUUCCAUUGCUGCGCUCUGCACGAGGAGGGCCGUCGGAUCGCCGUGCACAAGUCGGUGGCGACGUCGCCGAUUCAGGACGCCCAGCAUCAACAGUAUCAGCACCCCCAUCAUCACCAGCAGCAGCAACAAACGCAAACGCAAACACCAUCGCCGCAGCCACCGUCCUCUUUGUCGGACGGUACCAAGCGACCUGGCCUGAGCAAAGGUCACGUGCGCUUCCGUGACACCACCGACGAGGAGUCGAGCUCGCGUCUCGCCGGCACCAGCUUUCACUUACAUCACCAUCAUCACAACCAUCAUCAAGAGCACGACAGCUCCGAGUCCGAGACGGAGAACACGAUAAUGGAGGAUGAGAUCGUGACCUCGGAGAAAUUUCUGCUGCUGAUCGACCAGCUCACGGUCGAUCAGAAGCAUCAUCUCAGCAUCAAAGACAUCGGCAUCAUUCUGGAGCGACUCAGCUCCAAGAUCCUCGACGUCGAGCGGCUGGAUCGCGAGAGCGAGAGCGAGGAGUGCUACAAUUGGACGAUAAAGGCUAUCAUCAGGGGCGAUGUUCUGCGGGAGCUCGGGGUUAUCUAUAACGGGAAUUACUACGCAAUCUCCGAGCAUCCCGGCUACAAGGAAGAAUCGGAAGAGAAUAAUGAAGAUAAUGAGGAGGAGGAGGAGGAUAGACUUUAAUAUGAUGCUGUUUCAUUAGAUAGAUAGAUAGAUUAUACAUCUAUUCCUGAUUAUUAUUAACUUAGGAAGCGCUGUAACGAAAUAAGAACGGGGGAACACCGCGUGGUCUCCCUUGGGUCCGAGGAUUUUUCGAUUCUCAAGUCUCCGCGAUUCGAAGCUCCGCAGUAUUCUCCUAGGAUCUGUCCGUGGCCCUCUAGGAUCCUCGAGAAUUAGGAUUCCUCUCGGGAUUUUCCCGAGGGACUCUCUAGGAUUCUCUUAGAAUUCUGUAUAUUCAACGUAGAAUCAGGAUAAACGGUAUCGAGAUAACGAACGAUUUAUCUAAGCUCGCCUAAAAUUUGAUAAAAUUAGGAAUUUCUCCGAGGUCUUCUAGGACUUUCCAGAACAUGCACACACACUCCUAGAAUUUUUUAAGACUUCAGGAUCCCUUCCUUAGGAUUCCAUAGGACUUUAGGAAUUUCUGAUGUUACGAUCCUGUAGAAUCUUAGGAUUUCCUGUAGUGAUAUAUCCUGUGAAUUUAAUAUAUAUUAAUUAAUCUCUUACAAUUUUCUAGGAGUUUUUAAAAAUUCUCCCGAUCCUAGGAUUAUCCGGAACACUUCUACCUUUAAUUUAGGGUGUCUCAGUAUUUUUCUAGAAUUUUUUGGCUCCAGGAUUCCCGGAGGAAAUUUUUAAGUCUUACUAUUUUAGGCUUCGCUCUUUAAAUUUUAGGCGUCACUGUUCUCGAAUUUCUCCUAGCUUAUUCGAAUUUUUGGAUCCUGGAACCCUGAAAUCUCAGACAGCUCAGAUUGAAAAUGUCACAAGAUAUUUUAGAGAUUCCAGACAUCCUAUUAUCCUAGCCUAGGUGCCUUAGAUUCCAGGUACCUUAGAUCCCACACGCAUCCAAAUCCUAUUUCACUUUAGAUCCUAGGUGCCUUAGAUCUUAGACACUAAAUUCUAAGUCUUCUAGAUCCCGAAUACUUUUCGCGUACUCAAGGUUCUCGAUACGGAUCCUAAGUUUCACAAAUCCUGGUGUGUUUUCAAUUUUUCUUUACGGGCCCGUAUGCUAAGUCGUUCCUCGGUUCUCUCCCGUUAUCGGAAGCUCACGAUGAUCCGCAAUGGGAAUUAUAACGUGAUCCGGGAGCAUCCUGACUACAAGGAGAAGUCCGAGGAGAAUAAAAGGAUAACGUUAAGGAGGAAAAGAGGAUAGACUUUAUAACAUGAUGUUCUUGUAUUAGAUAGAUAGGUAGAUAGAUUAUAAUUGAAGGAUUCAAUGCAACUGCGGUUUAGUUCACUUUCUUAAAACCUUGAGAGCAUAAAUCCUAGAGCGUUUGUGUGUGAGAAUAUUAAAUUUAGACUAAUUUUCUCAAGUUCUUACAAAAGUGGGCACCGUUGCGUCGAAUCUCUUCAUUUAUCCGUCACUCGUGACUUUACAUACGGGUCUACGAUCGGUCCAAAGAUCCUCGGCUUCUUUGGAUCACGAAAUCCUCGGAUCGAAGAUGAGAUCUACGGAUGCGAAAGGUGAGCGACACGCGUGAAUUGCCCGAGUAGAAAUUUUGAUACUAUAUUAUCCCGUAAAUAUUAUCGAGUUUAAAGGACCAAUGGAGAAUCUCGAGAUAUAACACUAUACGAGUUAUUAUCUUUUGAUGUUACUCAGAUAGCACAAAAUAUUCUAUGAAUAUUGUAAUGAAAUAUGAAUGUUUUUAAUUUCAGAAUAUUCGAAUCAAAUAUUCUAUGAAUAUACGUAGAAUAUUGUAAGUAAA